CCGCGGCCUCGCCAAUUUCCUAGCCACUGAGAAACCCAGGAAGGAGUUAUUUCGUCGCUAUGUCUACAGCAGGAAAAACGAUGGAUCGGUGGCGCCUAGCCAGAGUGGUUAGGAGAUGACACCGGACCUAGAAGGCUCUCGGGUCAAGCCGCGGGAGGAGGCAGUUCCUGCUCGGAGAACCGAACCGGCCCACGUGAGUCAGGCCGCCCCGCCCAGCCGCGCAGACGCCGCUGGACUCCGCAGUCCGGGCUGGGGCUGGGACCGCUGUACCAGGACCAGGCAGCCGCGCCACCACGCGUGCACGCGCAGGUCCAGGACCCACCCCCAGCCCCUGCAGCGAGCAGGCCCGGAGGAACCAUAGCAAGCCCCGCAGGAGCGGGCGCCUCUAGGCCUCCAGAUGUUCGCUGCUAUCCAGCCAGGACUAGCAGAGGGGGCCCAGUACCUGGGGAGCCUGCCUCCUGGAGUAUGUCACCCGGACCUCCAACCAGACAGUAAUUCCAACUUCGUGGAGAGCGCUAAGGAUGCCAAUAAGAACUGGCAUGGUGUGGAUCCUAUUCUGAUAAGAAGCUCCUCUGAGUCGCCCUCUGAUAACCAGGUCUUCCAAGCCACUGGGCUCCCUGAGGCUGGAGUCCGCAGUCCCCCGGAGGGUGCAGAGAUCCCUGGUGCUGAACCAGAGAAGUCGAGUGAUGCCAGCAGCGUCUGCUCUCCUCUGGAGGACAUCGGCUAUGCCAGCAGUUCCUUGAGCAUCAGCAGCUUUAGCAGCAGUGCAGAAGCUGGCUGCAGCACCCCUCGAGGUCCAAGCCCCCUGGAUCCCCUUCUGCCCUCUGUGGCCCAGGCCGUGCAGCAGCUGCAGGCUCAGGAGCGCUACAAGGAACAGGAGAAGGAGAAACACCAUGUGCAUUUGGUGAUGUACCGUCGCUUGGCGCUGCUCCAGUGGAUCCGGGCUCUACAGCACCAGUUGGUUGACCAGCAGGCCCGACUGCAGGAGAGCUUUGACACCAUCCUAGACAACCGGAAGGAACUUAUCCGCUGUCUGCAACACAGGGAAGGACCUUGCAGGCACCAGGACCAGGGCUGAGGGUGGGCACAAGUAUGUUGGCAGGCUUCUGUGUGGUUAUGCACAAGUAAGUAUGUAUUAGUUGGCAUGUGUGUAAGUCAGCAUAAGUGAAUAUAUAUAUGUGCUAACAUGUAAGCAGGUAUGUAAGGCAUGUGUGAACGAACUUGUGUGUGUUACAUGUUGCAUGUGUGUUUAUGUGUGCAUGUGUGGCUAGGUACUCAGGAAUGUGUAUAUAUAUAUAUAUUCCCAAAUGUAGAGGCAAAAGAUAGGUAUGCAUGUGUUAUCAGUUUAAACGUGCAGGCUUGUGUUGGGGUGUGAGUGACCCUCUGUGUGUUGAGAUUUACACGUUCCAGUUCUGGCCUAAGAAGCACGUGCUAGGAACAUGUGUAUUUGCAGAGACUUAAGAGCAGGUGUGUGUAAAUAGACGUCCAAUCCAUCCGUCCUGUGUUCCCAAAGUCUACCCCAGCCUUAUCCGCUACUGAGUCUCACAGCUUCCCGGAGAGAAGCCUACGUCGCUGUCACUUAUCUGAGGGCUUUGGGUGAUCUGUUCUCCUAGUGUUUUCCAGGCUCUCUUCCCUGUCCCUUCCCCUCAGACCUUGCUCUAAGACAGCUGUCCCUAAUGUUGGCUUUUUCCUAAGAGUUUUUAUUUGGGGGGUGGUUACUUUUUGUUUGUUUUGCUUAUUACAGUACAAGGGAUUGAGCCCAGAGCCCUGUGCACGCUAAGCAAAUGUCCCAGCACUGAGCUGCACACCCAGUCCCAGAUCACAGGUUUAUUGGCUGCCCUGUGCACAUUUUUGGCAUCUGGCCAGGACAGUUUGAGGGAGGCAACUGGCGUAGUGGCGGAGGCUGUGGCAGGGGUGGGGGAGUGGAGAUAAAGAAGUUCAAGGACAGCUAGGACCACAAAUAGGAACCCAAACAAAACAA